CACCGCCCCGGCCGCAGCUGAUUGGUUGCGGGGCUCGCGGGUGGCGGUUGGCUGCUCCUUGCACCUCCCCCUCGUGCCGCUACCGCUGCCACUGAGAGGAGCUAUCGGCGACGCCAGAGCCAGUAAUACGGGUGGACAGAAAUGAAGCCAAUGAAGAAGACAUGCACUGGCCUCUCAGGUGCUGGCAGCGGCAGCAAGUCCCCUCCAGCCACCAGGGCCAAGGCUCUGAGGCGGCGAGGGGCUGGGGAAGGUGACAAGCCAGAGGAGGAGGACGACGAGGCACAGCAGCCACAGCCACAGCCCGGGACUGAAGAGGCUGAGGAGGGGGAGGAGGAGGAGGCUGAGCAGGGCCCUGGGGCUGAAGGUGCCCCACUGGAACUGCACCCUGGCGACCCGGCUCCAGGCCCAGCUGAGGACUCCAAGGGGGAUGGGGAGGCAGGCCGCUGGGAGCCCUCACUCAGCCGCAAGACAGCCACGUUCAAGUCGCGAGCGCCCAAGAAGAAGUAUGUGGAGGAGCACGGAGCUGGCAGUAGUGGGGUGGCUGGGGCCCCUGAAGAGCGGGUGCGGACCCCUGAGGAGGCCAGUGGCCUGGGGGUGCCUCCACGGCCACCCACCUCCACCCGUUCCUCCUCCACGGACACAGCCAGUGAGCACUCAGCAGACCUGGAGGAUGAGCCAGCUGAGGCUUGUGGUCCAGGCCCCUGGCCCCCCAGUAGCACCAGUGGUGGCUAUGACCUGCGGCAGCUGCGGUCCCAGCGGGUGCUGGCCCGGCGUGGUGAUGGCCUCUUCCUGCCAGCUGUGGUGCGCCAGGUGCGCCGAAGCCAGGACCUGGGCGUGCAGUUCCCUGGUGACCGAGCCCUGACGUUCUACGAGGGGGUGCCAGGCAGUGGUGUGGAUGUGGUUUUGGAUGCCACACCACCACCAGGUGCCCUGGUGGUGGGCACAGCUGUCUGUACCUGUGUGGAGCCCGGCGUGGCUGCCUACCGGGAAGGUGUGGUGGUGGAGGUGGCCACCAAGCCAGCUGCCUACAAGGUCCGUCUCAGCCCCAGCCCCAGCUCCCAGCCAGGCCCACCAGGCAGCCUCCCACAGCCCCCACAGCCACUGCACCGUGAGCCCGAGGAGGCCGUGUGGGUGGCCCGCUCCAGCCUGCGCCUGCUUCGGCCCCCCUGGGAACCUGAGGCCCUGCUGAGGAAACCCCCCAUAGGCCCCGAGGAAGAGCAGGCAGAGCCUAGGGCCACCCUGCCACCCUGCCCUGCCGCCCUGGACCCCAAACAGCCCGAGGAUGCUGAAGUCUCUAAGAUCAGCUUUGGUGGCAACCUGGGUACUCACUGUGAGGAGGGCGAGGAGAAGCACACUCCAGCCCUGGGCACCCCAGCCCUGCUCCCACUGCCCCCACCCCAGCUCCUGUCGCCACCACCCAAGUCUCCAGCCUUUGUGGGCCCUGGCCGACCUGGCGAGCAACCCUCGCCCUGCCAGGAGGGGAGCCAGGGCGGCAGCCGCAGCAGCAGUGUGGCCUCCCUGGAGAAGGGGACCGCGCCAGCAGCCCGGGCCCGUACGCCACUGACGGCUGCCCAACAGAAGUAUAAGAAAGGCGAUGUGGUCUGCACACCCAGCGGAAUCCGAAAGAAGUUCAAUGGCAAGCAGUGGCGCCGGCUGUGCUCGAGAGAUGGUUGCAUGAAGGAGUCACAGCGGCGAGGCUACUGCUCACGCCACCUGUCCAUGCGAACCAAAGAGAUGGAGGGCCUGGCAGACAGCGGGCCUGGGGGAGCGGGCCGGCCAGCGGCCGUGGCAGCCCGUGAGGGCAGCACGGAGUUUGACUGGGGUGAUGAGACAUCGAGGGACAGCGAGGCCAGCAGUGUGGCGGCUCGUGGAGACUCGCGACCACGCCUGGUGGCCCCUGCUGACUUGUCACGCUUUGAGUUCGACGAGUGUGAGGCAGCCGUGAUGCUAGUGUCACUGGGCAGCUCGCGCUCAGGCACCCCAUCCUUCUCACCCGUCUCCACUCAGUCGCCCUUCUCGCCAGCCCCGUCGCCCUCACCCUCGCCACUCUUUGGCUUCCGCCCCGCCAACUUCAGCCCCAUCAACGCUUCGCCAGUCAUCCAGCGCACUGCAGUCCGCAGUCGCCACCUGAGCGCCAGCACCCCUAAGGCAGGCGUGCUGACGCCACCAGACCUGGGCCCCCACCCGCCGCCACCUGCCCCCCGAGAGCGCCACUCCUCUGGCAUCCUACCCACCUUCCAGACCAACCUGACCUUCACCGUGCCCAUCAGCCCUGGGCGACGGAAGACAGAGCUGUUGCCACACCCAGGGGCCUUGGGGGCCCCUGGCACAGGGGGUGGAGGAGCCGCCCCAGACUUCCCCAAGAGUGACAGCUUAGACUCUGGUGUGGACUCGGUGUCUCACACGCCUACACCCUCCACGCCGGCUGGCUUCCGGGCUGUGUCCCCUGCCGUGCCCUUCUCUCGCUCCCGCCAGCCCUCACCAUUGCUGCUGUUGCCCCCGCCUGCCGGCCUGACCUCGGAUCCAGGGCCCUCUGUGCGCAGGGUACCUGCCGUGCAGCGGGACUCACCUGUCAUUGUCCGCAACCCAGAUGUGCCACUGCCCUCCAAAUUCCCUGGGGAGGUGGGCACUGCUGGUGAUGUGCGGGCUGGGGGACCUGGGCGGGGCUGCCGGGAGACCCUGGUGCCCCCUGGGGUGGCCAGUGGGAAGCCUGGCCUGCCCCCACCUCUGCCAGCCCCUGUGCCCAUCACCGUGCCUCCAGCUGCACCGACUGCUGUGGCCCAGCCGAUGCCCACCUUUGGCCUGGCUUCUUCUCCCUUCCAACCCGUGGCCUUCCACCCCUCACCUGCUGCCCUGUUGCCCGUCUUGGUGCCCAGCAGCUAUACCAGCCACCCUGCCCCCAAGAAGGAAGUCAUCAUGGGCCGGCCUGGAACAGUGUGGACGAAUGUGGAACCUCGCUCUGUGGCCGUGUUCCCCUGGCACUCCUUAGUCCCCUUCUUGGCACCCAGCCAGCCUGACCCCUCCGUGCAGCCGAGUGAGGCCCAGCAACCUGCCAGCCACCCAGUGGCCUCCAACCAGAGCAAAGAACCUGCUGAAUCGGCAGCUGUUGCUCAUGAGCGGCCACCAGGUGGGACAGGGAGUGCUGACCCUGGGCGGCCCCCUGGAGCCACAUGCCCUGAGAGCCCAGGGCCCGGACCCCCACAUCCUUUGGGGGUGGUGGAACCUGGUAAGGGUCUGCCUCCCACCACAGAAGAGGAGGCUCCCGGCCCCCCAGGAGAGUCCCGGCUGGACAGUGAGACAGAGAGUGACCAUGAUGAUGCCUUCCUCUCCAUCAUGUCUCCUGAGAUCCAGUUGCCUCUUCCGCCCGGAAAACGUCGGACCCAGUCCCUCAGUGCCCUACCCAAGGAACGAGACUCAUCUUCUGAGAAGGAUGGACGCAGCCCCAACAAGCGAGAGAAAGACCACAUCCGGCGGCCCAUGAAUGCCUUCAUGAUCUUCAGCAAGCGGCACCGGGCCCUGGUCCACCAGCGUCAUCCCAACCAGGACAACCGGACUGUCAGCAAGAUCCUGGGCGAGUGGUGGUAUGCCCUGGGGCCCAAGGAGAAGCAGAAGUACCACGACCUGGCCUUUCAGGUGAAGGAGGCCCACUUCAAGGCCCACCCAGAUUGGAAGUGGUGCAACAAGGACCGAAAGAAGUCCAGCUCGGAGGCCAAGCCCACGAGCCUGGGGCUGGCAGGAGGGCACAAGGAGACGCGGGAGCGAAGCAUGUCGGAGACGGGCACUGCCGCUGCCCCUGGGGUGUCCUCUGAGCUUCUGUCUGUCGCGGCCCAGACACUCCUGAGCUCGGACCCCAAGGCUCCAGGGAGUAGCUCCUGUGGGACAGAACGGCUGCACACAGUUGGGGGACCUGGCUCAGCCCGGCCCCGAGCCUUCUCCCACAGUGGAGUACACAGUCUGGACGGUGGAGAAGUAGACAGUCAGGCACUACAGGAACUGACGCAGAUGGUGUCUGGCCCUGCAUCGUACUCUGGUCCAAAGCCUUCUACCCAGUAUGGAGCUCCAGGCCCCUUUGCAGCCCCCGGUGAGGGAGGUGCCUUGGCAGCCACUGGACGGCCCCCACUGCUGCCCACUCGAGCUUCUCGUUCCCAGCGUGCGGCCAGUGAGGACAUGACGAGUGAUGAGGAGCGCAUGGUCAUCUGUGAGGAGGAAGGAGAUGAUGACGUCAUCGCUGACGAUGGCUUCGGCACCACUGACAUUGAUCUCAAGUGUAAGGAGCAGGUGACCGACAGCGAGAGUGGGGACAGCUCUGGGGAGGACCCAGAAGGCAACAAGGGCUUUGGUCGGAAGGUGUUUUCACCUGUGAUCCGUUCCUCCUUUACCCAUUGCCGCCCCUCGCUGGACCCUGAGCCCCCAGGGCCCCCGGAUCCUCCUGCAGCUUUUGGCAAAGGCUAUGGUUCUACCCCGUCUUCCUCCUCUGCGUCCUCGCCCGCUUCUUCCUCAGCUUCGGCAGCCACCUCCUUCACAUUGGGCUCAGGAACCUUCAAGGCCCAGGAGUCUGGUCAGGGCAGCACAGCAGGUUCCCUGCGGCCCCCGCCCCCUGGGGCUGCGGGCCCAGGGACACCUUCCAAGGCGACCCGGUUCCUCCCAACGGAUCCUGUCACCUACCGGCGCAAGAGACCUGAAAGUGUGGGUGGCCUGGAGCCACCAGGCCCCUCUGUCAUCGCGGCCCCUCCCAGCGGAGGAGGAAGCAUUCUGCAGACACUGGUGCUGCCCCCAAACAAGGAGGAGCAAGAGGGUGGCGGAGCCAGAGUGCCCUCUGCCCCCGCCCCAUCACUGGCCUACGGGGCCCCAGCAGCUCCCCUGUCCCGUCCUGCCGCCACCAUGGUCACCAACGUGGUACGGCCUGUCAGCAGCACUCCUGUGCCCAUCGCCUCUAAGCCUUUCCCCACCUCUGGCCGGGCUGAGGCAUCUCCAAAUGACACAGCAGGUGCCAGGACUGAAAUGGGCACUGGGUCUCGGGUGCCUGGGGGCUCCCCGCUGGGUGUCAGCUUAGUGUAUUCGGACAAGAAGUCGGCAGCAGCCACCUCACCAGCCCCACAUUUGGUGGCUGGACCCCUGUUGGGCACUGUGGGGAAGGCGCCUGCCACUGUCACAAACCUACUGGUGGGCACCCCGGGGUAUGGGGCCCCUGUGCCCCCUGCUGUCCAGUUCAUUGCCCAGGGGGCCCCUGGCGGUGGGACCACUGCAGGCUCAGGAGCAGGUGCUGGGAGUGGCCCCAAUGGGCCAGUACCCCUGGGCAUUCUGCAACCAGGUGCCCUGAGCAAGGCUGGGGGAAUCACCCAGGUGCAGUACAUCCUGCCCACGAUGCCACAGCAGCUUCAAGUGGCACCUGCCCCAGCACCAGCCCCUGGGACCAAGGCAGCAGCUCCCAGCGGCCCUGCACCCACCACCAGCAUCCGUUUCACCCUCCCACCGGGCACUUCCACCAACGGCAAAGUCCUGGCUGCCACUGCACCCACUCCUGGCAUCCCCAUCCUGCAGUCGGUACCCUCCGCCCCACCCCCCAAAGCCCAGUCAGUUUCUCCAGUGCAGGCACCGCCCCCAGGUGGCUCAGCCCAGCUGCUUCCCGGGAAGGUCCUAGUGCCCCUGGCUGCCCCUAGCAUGUCAGUUCGGGGUGGAGGGGCCGGCCAGCCGCUGCCCCUGGUGAGCCCGCCCUUCUCAGUACCUGUGCAGAAUGGCGCCCAGCCACCCAGCAAGAUCAUCCAGCUGACCCCGGUGCCUGUGAGCACACCCAGCGGCCUGGUGCCGCCCCUGAGCCCAGCCACACUCCCUGGACCCACCUCACAGCCCCAGAAGGUCCUGCUGCCCUCUUCCACCAGAAUCACCUAUGUGCAGUCAGCGGGCGGGCAUGCGCUGCCUUUGGGUACCAGCCCUGCGUCCAGCCAGGCUGGAACAGUCACCUCGUAUGGGCCCACGAGCUCUGUAGCUCUAGGCUUCACCUCGUUGGGGCCCAGCGGCCCCGCCUUCGUGCAGCCCCUGCUCUCAGCAGGCCAAGCCCCACUGCUGGCUCCUGGUCAGGUGGGCGUGUCGCCUGUGCCCAGUCCCCAGCUGCCACCUGCCUGUGCAGCCCCUGGAGGUCCUGUCAUCACGGCGUUUUACUCUGGCAGCCCUGUACCCACCUCCUCAGCACCCCUGGCCCAGCCAUCCCAGGCCCCCCCAAGCCUGGUCUACACUGUGGCCACCAGCACAACUCCACCUGCAGCCACCAUUCUGCCCAAGGGGCCGCCGGCCCCUGCCACUGCCACCCCGGCCCCAACUAGCCCUUUCCCGAGUGCCACAGCAGGUUCCAUGACCUACAGCUUAGUGGCCCCCAAGGCCCAGCGGCCCAGCCCAAAGGCCCCCCAGAAAGUGAAGGCGGCCAUUGCCAGCAUUCCUGUGGGGUCCUUUGAGGCAGGUGCCUCUGGCCGGCCUGGCCCUGCACCCCGGCAGCCUCUGGAGCCUGGCCCAGUCCGAGAGCCAACUGCCCCAGAGUCUGAGCUUGAGGGGCAGCCCACACCACCAGCCCCUCCACCUCCGCCAGAGACCUGGACUCCCACAGCCCGGAGCAGCCCCCCACCGCCCCUGCCUGCUGAGGAGCGGACCUGCGCCAAGGGUCCUGAAACCAUGGCCAGCAAAUUCCCCAGCUCAUCUUCAGAUUGGCGCGUCCCUGGACAGGGCCUGGAGAGUCGUGGGGAGCCUCCCACCCCUCCCAGCCCAGCUCCAGCUCCAGCCGUAGCUCCUGGUGGCAGCAGCGAGGGCAGUAGUGGGCGGGCGGCCGGGGACACCCCCGAGCGCAAGGAGGCAGCUAGUGCUGGCAAGAAGGUGAAGGUGCGGCCCCCGCCCCUGAAGAAGACCUUUGACUCUGUGGACAACAGGGUCCUGUCAGAAGUGGACUUUGAAGAGCGCUUUGCAGAGCUGCCUGAGUUUCGGCCUGAGGAGGUGCUGCCCUCCCCUACCCUGCAGUCUCUGGCCACCUCACCCCGGGCCAUCCUGGGCUCUUACCGCAAGAAGAGGAAGAAUUCCACGGACCUGGAUUCAGCACCCGAGGACCCCACCUCACCCAAGCGCAAGAUGAGGAGACGCUCCAGCUGCAGCUCGGAGCCCAACACCCCCAAGAGUGCCAAGUGCGAGGGGGACAUCUUCACCUUUGACCGUACAGGUACAGAAGCUGAGGACGUGCUGGGGGAGCUGGAGUAUGAGAAGGUGCCAUACUCUUCCUUGCGGCGCACCCUGGACCAGCGCCGGGCCCUGGUCAUGCAGCUCUUCCAGGACCAUGGCUUCUUCCCAUCAGCCCAGGCCACAGCCGCCUUCCAAGCCCGCUAUGCAGACAUCUUCCCCUCCAAGGUUUGUCUGCAGUUGAAGAUCCGUGAGGUACGCCAGAAGAUCAUGCAGGCAGCCACUCCCACGGAGCAGCCCCCUGGAGCUGAGGCCCCCCUCCCUGGACCACCCCCCACUGGCACCGCUGCUGCCCCUGCCCCCACUCCCAGCCCCGCUGGGGGCCCUGACCCCACCUCGCCCAGCUCGGACUCUGGCACGGCCCAGGCUGCCCCACCACUGCCUCCGCCACCAGAGUCAGGGCCUGGCCAGCCUGGCUGGGAGGGGGCUCCACAGCCCUCCCCCCCACCCCCAGGUCCCUCCACAGCUGCCACAGGCAGGUGAGAGACCCCUGAGAGGAUCCCAGGACUCACAGUACCCCCUCAGGACAUGGACAGUAUGUGGGGGCAGGAAUGGGGGGCAGGAUGGUUAUCUCCUCCCAAGUAAAGCCAUUUCGUCCUCUCCAGUUUGGGGCGGAAUGAGGCCUGCUCCUCUUGUAUAUACCCCCUUCCUCCGCAGCUUCCUCCCGAUGCUGGGGGGCAGCUGAGGGGGCCGCAGGGGCAGUCUCCCUCCUCUGAGCCCCUGUACAUAACCUGGAGUGUGUGACCUUCAGAGCUUUUCACUUUAUGCAAAAUAGCUCCUGCCAGGGCUGCCAGCUGGAGGGUGGUGUCGGCCUUGGGCCACAGGGAGGCGCCUGUGGAAUAGGGGGGAGUUCACGCACCCCUUUUUUCCCCAGAGGGGCUGGACUCAGGUUAGUUUGGGGGUGGGGGCUCCUGCACUUUGCCACAGGCAUGGGGAGGGUUUUCUCCUCACCCCCUCUGCCCUCCCAACUUGGGUUGUACUUUCUAAGAAGGUGAUUCCCCCUGCCUUUGCCCCCUUUCCCAGAACAAAACAUGUUGAUCAUGUGCAAUAUUUCUUACUGUGCCGAGAAGCCGCGAUGAGCGAGAUUAAAGCUGUUUAACACA